AUGACUGAGAUAUCUGCUGACCCCUCGUCCGCCGUUCCGCCUCCCACCGCCAAAUACUCUGCUCCCGCCGGCUCGAUCUCAAAAAGCAACCGCAGGUCCCUUGCCGGCUUCGCUUUGGAAAAGACUUCUAACGUGAUCGCAAACCUCACCACCUCUUUGGCUACAAUCUCCACGCCUGCUCUGCGGACUAGCUCGUCUACCGGAAGCCUCUCAAGGCAAUCGCACAAGUAUUCUCAGGUUGGUGGUGCUUCGCUCUCGGCGGAUCGGGAGUUAAGCAACGAGGAGCUACCAGCCCUGCCUCUUAUCAAAAACCCUUCGUCAGGUCUCAGUCGCCGGGGUACAGUGCGGCUGAUACCACAGGAACCACUCAAUCUGGAUAAUACCGCGGCCUCGCGGGCCCACAAGAUGCAUCAAACGUCGUCAAGGCUCCUCCGCAUGACGGAGGAUGAACGUCCUUUCACAAAGGACUUCAAUGAUCUGUUUGCUACUUUGAUGGUCAGCUUGAAGUUGGAUACUCAUCGUGUGCGCUUCACUAGAUUCGAGCACACUUUCACAUCCGAUGAAGCGAUCAACAACUUAGGAUCCUUGAAAUUCUCCCAGUCAAACCGCAUGCCGGACCCCAAGGACCCGUCACGGAUUGUUACUACGACAACUACGACCACUUUCUCUAUGGCAAAGGAAAUGGCUCGGUCUGUAUGUCAACGGUUCGCUGAUGCACGCUUUAUUGAGUCGGUAGAUGGCCGAGGAAACAGCUUCUUUCCCAUGAAAGGAGGCUUGUAUCAAUUAACUCCUAAGGGAAUAAACAUUUUGCAACGUUUCUGCCAACGAAAUGGUAUCACUGCCCGACAUGUUAUGGAAGUUUUGGAGUCUCCACGCAACACCAUGCAGCUCGUCAACCUGGAACGCGAUUCCGAAACCGACAAGCUGUCCACGGAUCGUGCUACUAUUGAGGUUAUUUUUCGUCGCUUUGCCGGUCAAGAUGGCCCCAACAUCAAAUCCUCCACCUCCAGUUCAGACUCCGACUCGCUAAGCGACUACUCUAAUGGUCUCGUUGGUGUUAAGAUGGCAAAAGAGAGGAAAAUUGGUGACAAAUUCUUUGCGAAUACAUUCACCGGAAAAGCAGCAGUGGACUGGCUCAUGGAUUGUUCGACCACUAACGAUCGUCGCGAAACCUGCUUGAUCGCUGCUUUGUUUAUCAAACAUGGUCUCAUCACCUCCGUUCAAGAAGACCGUCCCUAUGCCGCGCAAGAACCUACCGCUGUAGAUUUCCAGCCUACCAAGCAUGCCAUCUACACGGUGACUGAACAUGGACAACGUGUAUGUGGAUGGAUCGCUCGUGAGAAGAGCAGCGUGUCACAAUACGAUGGCCGAGGCGCACGCGAUUCCAACAAUGCCCGUCUCAACCAUAUUUUGCACGAUCCGGCACUUCGCCUGUUGUUCCGGGAAUUCCUACGCUAUUCCUUGUGUGAGGAAAACUUGUCUUUCUACCUUGACGUCUCCGAGUUUACUUCGCACUAUCACCGAUUGGAAAAGUCCGGUUCUUUGAACAAGAUCGAAACUGUCCGAGAAACCCUUGCGGCUGCCUAUGGCCUCUACAAUGCUUUCUUGGCUCCUGGUUCACCCUGUGAAUUGAACAUCGAACACGGUCUUCGAAACAGUCUUGCAAGCCGUAUGACAAAGGCUGUUGGAGACGAUGAAUCUAUGAUUAAGAGCCUUCAGGAAGUCGUCGACUUGUUUGAGUUGGCUCAGACUUCCGUCUUCAAGUUGAUGUCAAGUGACUCUGUUCCUAAGUUCGUUCGCGACCCAAAGUACUCGGUUGUCCUGCAGGAGCACGAGUUUGACCUCGGAACGAAUGGUCGCUCAUACUCGCCCACACCAGCUCCAGUUCCUGAGCGAUCCCUUAGCCGAUCAGUUCGAACAUAA